CUGAACACUUCUACCAUUCACCCCAACUUAAUAUCACCAUGGAAGGGUACGUGUCAAGACAUGCAUCUGCGACUAUCUUAUCCCAAGGCUGUUUCCGAUUCGAUUCCCCUCGCAGUUUGCCCUGUGACCGUGCCAAGCUCUACCACCGCCUACGAUAAACUUAUCCCUAGCUACCGCUUUCCACCCAGUUACUGACCCUGCCGGUCCUUCCAGAUGUACUCCAAGCUCGUGCAGAAGUGCUUCGACGACUGCGUCAACGACUUCACCACCAAGUCCCUGAUCAACCGUGAGGAGAGCUGCGUGAUGCGCUGUGUUGACAAGUACAUGAAGGGUUCGGCCCGGUUGAACGAGCGGUUCCAGGAGCAGAACGCGGCCAUGAUGCAGCAGGGCCAGAUGCCGGGUCGGUAAACUGGUGCUUUGUACGAUCUUGUCUUGCUGGGUAGUUCUUGCAUUCGGUUUGGCGAACUGUGUAUAAAAUCUUUAGAAUUCAACGACGAGCUCCUGGUUUCGGAAGAUAUAU